AUUAAAGGAGUUGUAAUAUUCGCUCAAAAUCAAGGGCAGAGCUUCGCAUUGUUAUUAGUCGUUAUUAGUUGUACCGUUUGUCAACUAAUUUGCUAAUGAAGUAGCAGACUGUGAGUAAUCGUGCAAUUGAUUGAGUAAAUAAUUCGUCAAAGUGAUAAUACCACUCUGGUUCAGUUGACAGUUUGACAAGGUUUACGAUACCUGCAAUUACUCGUGCACGAGAUUUGCGUAAUUGUCUCUUGCGCGAUUACUUAAUUUCGCGAUUUGCGGAUUGAACAAUUCUAUAAUCACUUACCACUCCCGUUCUCGUGUAUUCAACAGAUGCCGUGGUGGUAGCGGCAUCUCUCGGGGAGGAUGUUCCACGGGGGCGGAAGCGGCGGGUACGGCGCAGGCACCGACUACCAGCAGCAGUCCCAGCAGCAGCAGCAGCAACACGGGCAGCAACUCCAAGCGCCCGUCUACGUUCCCUCGUCCAGACCGGCGAUCCCGUCCGCAGCUACAGCGGCGCAGUAUCACUCGUUCCCCACUUCACCCUCGCCCGCAUGGGAGAAGACAGCGUCCUGGCAGCACGGGGUGGAGACGUACGCGGCGCAUCACGCGCUCGCCGGCCACACGAGCGGCACCGCGGCGGCGAUGGGUCCGCACGCUGCUCCCGGACACCCGCACGCGGGUCAUCCCCAUGCGGCGCACCCGCACUCAACCCUUGCCGCGGCCGCGCCCUUCUACGCGCAGAACGUCGCGAUGAUGUCCUCAUGGCGCGCCUACGACGGCGCCGGCUUUCAGCGGGCAUCGCCCUAUGACACCGCGAUGGACUUCCAGUUCGGUGAGGGUCGCGAAUGCGUGAACUGUGGGGCGAUAUCGACGCCGCUCUGGCGAAGGGACGGUACCGGCCAUUAUCUGUGCAACGCGUGUGGACUUUAUCACAAGAUGAACGGCAUGAACAGGCCGCUCAUCAAGCCCUCAAAACGCCUGACCGCGACGAGGCGACUCGGGCUGUGCUGCACUAAUUGCGGCACUCGCACGACCACUCUGUGGAGGCGCAACAACGAGGGUGAACCGGUGUGUAACGCGUGCGGCUUAUACUUCAAGUUGCACGGGGUCAAUAGGCCGCUGGCCAUGCGGAAGGACGGCAUACAGACGAGGAAGAGGAAGCCGAAAAAAACGCCGGAACCGAACGCUAGAUCGUCCACAGGAGACCACGAAACCACUGCCUCGACUACAUCCUCUCCUUCCACAGGGAGAACUCUGCCCACGCCGGUAUCCUGCAAGGUGUGCGGCGAUCGUUCGUACGGGAAACAUUACGGUGUUUAUUGCUGCGACGGCUGCUCCUGCUUCUUCAAGAGAUCCGUGCGUCGUGGUGCUCUCUUCACUUGCACAAAUAGCGACGGAUCUUGCAUCAUUGACAAAGCUAGGCGGAAUUGGUGUCCACAUUGCCGCCUAAAGAAGUGUUUCUCCGUUGGCAUGAAUACUGCAGCGGUACAGGAAGAGAGAGGACCGCGCGUGCGAAGUAACGAGCCCUCAAAUCCGCACAAUUCUAACGUCACCUGGAAGCCCCAAGUGAAUAAUCCGUCGGCGACUCUUUGCGCGCGCAAAGUCUUUAACAGUCCCGAGCUGUAUCUACCACUCAAGAAUCCCAUAGUGAACAAUACUUUAAUGAUGAAGACGCUACGCGAGCCUGAAGCUAGACGGAGCAUUCUUUGUCCUGCCGUGUUACACCACGUACAACCGCCGAGGAUCAUAUCACCUGGCACGGCUGUGCAGUAUGAGAUCUCCGCGCAAAUAUUCCUGGCCGCAGUUCGAAGCGCACGCCGGCACCGGGACUUUUCGAUGCUGAACGCGGAGGAGCAAAAUAGGAUCCUUCGUCGCGGUUGGUCCGCUCUGUUCGUUUUGCGCGCGGCUACGUGGCCGGUUGACUUGAUGAAUAUACGAGGGCGAGGUAAUGCAACGGAUAACGAUGGUGCAUCGGGCUGCCUGAUCGCCGCACGCAACGCGAUCACGAAGCUGCAGCUCGACGACGUCGAGUCGUGCGUUUUGAACACGUUCGUGCUGUGUCGACCUGAGAUUGCUGAUACCACCAACAGCUUCCACGCAAUGUCGCGAGCGAGAGAUAGCGCCGUGGAGACUUUGAUACGGCAUCUGCGGCCGCGGGAUGAUCGCGACAGCAAGCUGGCCAGGAUCCUGUUCAUCUUACCGAUCCUCACAGGAUGCUGUGCCCGGGAACUGGCCGACGAAUUGUUCGCGCCCAUCAUCGGCGACGCGGAUCUGGAAAGGGUCAUCGCGUCCGUGCGAUAAAUUUUUCACGCUGAAGAAAGUAUAUUAUAUAUAAUCGCACAUUAUCAAAUCCAAUUUCGCGGAUAUUGUAUAAUGAUUCGUUAAUAUAAUGAUGAAUGAUAAAUGUGUAAUCAAUCAAUAAAGUGUAUGUGGAAGUAUCACGGUAGAAAAAUACCUGCUU